UUUCUUUCCUUUUUUUUUUUUUUUUUUUUUCUUGGUUAAGCUGCUAGCUCUUUUGUUAUUUAUCAAUGUUUCAUUCUGACGUAGGUGUUCCCUUCCAAUUACCGGUUCUUGAGGCCGGGUUCACAGCUGAUGAGAUUGAAGAACUAUUGUCUCUCUUACCAUCAGAAGAAUCGGUUAGCCCAAACUCCGGUUCUGAGGGGUCAAACCGGGCGGUUUACUCAAUGGAUGAGAAAAAGCAAAGGCGCAUGAUAUCAAACCGGGAGUCAGCCAGGCGGUCACGCUGGCGAAAGAAAAGACAUUUAGAGAACCUGACGGAGGAGUUGAACCAGUUGAAAGUAGAGAACCAAGAGCUGAAGAACCGAUUAAGCUGGGUUUUGAACAAGAGUCACGUAGUAUUGAGAGAGAAUGAGCGGUUAACAUCCGAGUUCGUAGCUCUGUGGGGAAGAUUAUUCGAGUUAAACCAAAUUUCAGCUGCCAUGCAGUCCCAAUAAUCAUUUCUUAAUUUACUCCCCAAUUACUACUAUGCUGAAUAAAGCUAGCUCUAAUAAACUAAAGAGAAAAAAAAGGAGCUCUCCCUCUCUGUAUGCAUGCAUGUUGGACCAAAACAGUCUUUUGGGUGCAUUAAAAGCUAAAAUUGGUUUUUUUGAAAGAGAAAUGUGGUGGCAGUUUCAACACACCCCACGUUUUUUAUACCGCGUAAAGAUUUAGUGGUCUGCUUUUUGGUCUUCGUCGAGACUUUUUUCUUGUUUUUUAAGCAGCUGCUUUUAAUUACGUGUAUUGCUAGAGAGAAUUAACGAGGUUAGUGCAUAUAGGGAGUUCAUGAUAGUGAUUAUCAUAUUCACAUUAAUUAUAGUUUGGGCAGCAGCCGCUCAAAUUUGAUGAUCCCAUGUAAAUUAAUUUAAGUAAUUAUAAUUAUCUUUCCAGUACCAACCAUGAAUGCGAUGUUUAUCGUUCUUAA